AUGUGCGCUUCUGACCGUGAUGGUAUCCCCAUGAUGAUCUCGUUGGUUUAUCUGUUCUCCAACUUGGGCGGUGCUAUCGGCUAUGCCGCCUCCGCUGCUAUCUACGCCAACACUUUCCCCCAGGGACUGCGCGAGGCCCUGCCCGAGAGUUCUAAGGAUCAAUGGGCUGCCAUUUAUGCCGGUGGCUAUGUUGCUCAAAUGAAGUAUCUGCCCGGCACCGAGGAGCGUGACGCGAUCAACUUCGCCUAUGGAUACAAUCAGAAGUACGGCUGUAUUUCUGCGACGGCGAUUCUUGUGCUUGCUGUACCGUGUAUCGGUAUGUGGAGACAUUAUAGGGUGGACAAGGAGCAGAACAAGGGUACUGUUCUGUAG